UCUAAUUCCUCCCUCCAAACAACUCUUUACUAACUAAAAGCAGCCAAUUAGCAAAAAGUAAUAAAAUUUCAGUCAACCAAUGGGUGAGCAAAAGGAAGGAGCUAAACCUGAAGCCGAGAAGAAGCCCGCCGCCGACGCCGGCGCUAAGAAAGAUGACGGCGUGGUCACCGCCGUUUACAAGAUUGAUAUGCAUUGUCAAGGCUGUGCCAAGAAGAUCAAACGCUCGAUUAAGCAUUAUGAAGGCGUGGAAGAUGUACAGACGGAUUCUGCCAACAAACUGACGGUGAUUGGCAAAAUUGAUCCCGCCCAAAUCAGAGAGAGAUUGGCUGAGAAAACGAAGAAGAAAGUCGACCUUAUUUCUCCACAACCUAAAAAGGACGCCGCCCCUGCCGGCGGUGACAAAAAGCCCGAAGCUGAGAAGAAACCUGAACAGAAAAAAGAAGAAAAAAAGCCACCUAAAGAGAGUACGGUGGUCUUGAAGAUGAGAACACAUUGCGAUGGAUGUAUUCGUAAGAUCCGCAAAAUCAUUUUGAAGGUUGAUGGAGUUCAGUCGGUCAACGUGGAUGGAGCUAAAGAUUUGGCAACCGUGAAAGGCACAAUGGACGUGAAAGAUCUCGUUCCUUACCUUCAGCAGAAGUUGAGACGAAAUGUAGACGUGGUCCCUCCUAAGAAAGACGACGCCGGUGAGAAGAAAGACGCCGGCGGUGACAAAAAAGAGGAGGUGAAAGAAGUUGCUGCAGGCGGCGAGAAGAAGGAAGGAGGCGGUGAAAAAAAGGAAGGCGGCGGCGAGAAGAAGGAAGGAGGCGAGAAGAAGGAAGGCGGCGGUGAAAAAAAGGAAGGAGGCGAGAAGAAGGAAGACGACGGACGUGAAGCGAAGAUGGAGGUGAGCAAAAUGGAGUAUCAUGGAUACGGGUAUCCAGCACAGGUAAUGUACUGGUCCGAUGGACACGUGUACGGAGAUCCGAGUCAUGCUCGAGGGUAUUAUCAGAAUCAGAAUUAUGAUUACAGAUACGUGAAUCCAGGGUAUAUGCUUCCUCAUCCAGGGUAUCUAGAUCAAGGGUAUGCGAUUGACCCACGUCAUUCCCUGCAUGCACCUCAGAUGUUCAGCGACGAAAAUCCGAACGCUUGUUCCGUCAUGUGAGAAAGAUCAACGGUGGAUGAUGAAGAUCCAAUUAUAAUUAAGAUCUCA